GCCUCGUCUUGCCAUAUGAAAACACUUCCCCAAGUAGCCUUGGCCCCAAGGAACGCCCCGUUUCAGGCUCAGACACCCACCGGAUUGCAGAACGACAGCCAGUCUUGGGAGCCACAGGAGGCACAUGCGCCCCUCGCGAUGACCACCCCGACCCAGCCAGCCUACUCGCCUCCUUGCUCCUGGCUGCUGAUGCUGUCCCUUGUCCUCUUGGGAGCCUCUGGGCAGAGCGAUGGGAGUGAGCGGCAGGUGUUGCAGCCCGAGGGCCCCCUGCUGGUGGCGGAAGGAAACACGCUGCUGCUGCGGUGUACCGUGGAAGGUUCCUGCACUGACGACAGGAUUAAAUGGGUCAAGGUGAGCGAUCGGGACCAGCAGGAGAUUUAUAACUUCAAACACGGCUUCUUCCCGGGGGUGACGCCGGUGACCCAGCGGACCCUGGAGCCCCUUCAUUGUGACUUUUCCAUCUAUAUCCACAAUGUCACCAGCAAGCAUGCUGGAACCUACCACUGUGUGGGGCUUGAUGACUUGAGUGAGAACCCAGAAAAGAAGCUGCAGGAGGGCACCUCAGUGUUUGUGAAGGGAGCCGGAGCCCCAGAGCCAAAUCUCUGGAUCCUGCAGCCCCAGGAGGUGGUGUUGGCAACCACCGGAGACACUGUGUUCCUGAACUGCACAGUGCUUGGACAUGGUCCCCCGGGACCCAUCAGGUGGUUUCGGGGGGCUGGUCUGAGCCGCGAGGCCAUUUACAACUUUGAAGGCCUCUCCCACCCCAACGUGACAGCCGUCCGGGCCUCCAACAGCGAUUUCAGCAUCCUCCUGCAAGGCGUGUCCCCUGAGUACACAGGCACCUACUACUGUGUAAAGUUUUACAGGAAACCCAACAGACAAUACCUGUCCGGACAGGGCACCAGGCUUCGAGUAAAAGCAAAGCCCAUCACCUCUCCCCAAGAGAAAGAACUCACCAAUGAACAUAUAGGCAGGACAUAUCCCUCAGGCCUCCUGUCUGUGCUCACACUUGUGGUCCUGGGGCUGAAGGCCAUGACCUUGGCUGCACUCCUGCUGGCUUGGGCUGCUUGCCGGAGAAGGCAAGAAGACACCAAGACCCCAGACUCAGCAAAACUGUAAUCUGUACGGGGCAUGCAGCACGGGGCGUGGGGCGUGGGUGAGGGGGUCAGCCUCAAAGUAGGUCCUCUCAGUCGAAGAGAGGUCAAGGCUCCCCAGCCACUUCACCGCCUCCAACCCCAGCCUCCAGAUGCUCCCCAGGCUUCGUGCCGAACUCCAGGAUCCCUACACCUGGCUUCCAUUCACCUGGCGAAGUACCCCACUUGGCACUGACUGGGCUCCCUUCUGAUGUGCUGUCCUCUCUCUUGACAGCCAGCUCAAGCCCUCCUUGUCCUUCAAGGCUUUGCCGGGCUCUCUUCUCAAGGCGCUUGUUCCUGCGGUAGUGCCCGCCCCCUUCCACCCCCUCUCCUUGUUUUCUCAUCCUUCAAGAUCCAACUCAGAGUCCUUUCUGGAAGAUUUUCCUAAGCAUCUCUAAGCUGACAGAGCCAGACUGCUCAGGCCUCUCCAUUUACACCCUUCUCUCCUCAUUUCCUGCCUUUUUUCCCUUCCUUCCUUCCUUCCUUCCUUCCUUCCUUCCUUCCUCCCUCCCUC